AUGAAGGAAGUUUCACUAGUACUCUACCUUCUCACAACGAGUAUUCUCAUCGUCACAUCCCAAAUAACACUACCGUUCAAGAAGUCGCGGGUGAUUGUGACGAACUACUUUACCUUCGCCAACCAGACAACCUCAAUCGAGUGUUACUCCUCAGACGAUUACCUCGGAGUCCACAAACUUAGACUUCACGCAUCCUACGAAUGGAGUUUCAAGACAUCGUUUUUCAACACCAAAUUCUAUUGUUACUUUCGCACGCCGUGCAGUGAGGGGAAAUACGGCGUUUUCACGAAGAGGCUCAACGAUUUAUACUGCAAUUAUGUAUGUAAUUGGUCGAUACACUCAAAUGGGGUGUGCGUUCAUAAUCGAUUCACGGGUGAGGACUACUGCCAGCCAUGGAAGAUUGUGAAAUAUUGUACGACUUAG